CCCCUUCUUCUCUACUCAUCAAAUCUCUCUCUCUCUCUCUCUCUGGGAUUCGGAUUCGGAUUCAUUCUCUUCUCUUCUGCUCUUCGUUUUGUUUUCUCGAUCUUCUCUCUCGCCGUCGCCGGAAUCAGAUUCCGUUUGCUCGCCAGAAGCUGAGCUGUCUCAGUUUGCCGGCGACUACUCACCAACACAAGACAAGACAAGACAAGUCUGUUUUCAGUUCCGCACAACGUUGUUGAGGUGUGGAUUGAGAGUUGAUACUUUGGAGUGACGAGUUUGCUGUGUUUUUCUGGGAAGAUAGAGAUGGCUCUUGUCGAGGAUCAGAGUGAAGCCACGGGAUCAAACGCCUCUGUUGCAGCUGGCAAUUGCAGUUCAAAAGGCGAUGCUCAAUCGAAAUUGGUGACUGAACUCAAGGACAUUUCUUCAUUUGGCAAUGACCAGGCACUUAAGGUCAGGAAACCUUACACAAUUACAAAACAAAGAGAAAAAUGGACUGAGGAAGAACAUCAGAAGUUCCUUGAAGCCUUGAAAUUGUAUGGCAGAGGUUGGCGUCAAAUAGAAGAACAUGUAGGCACCAAAACUGCAGUUCAGAUACGAAGUCAUGCUCAAAAGUUCUUCUCUAAGGUAGCUAAGGAGUCAACUGGAAAUGGUGAAGGCUCACUCAAACCAAUUGAAAUACCUCCUCCACGACCUAAGCGGAAACCUAUGCAUCCUUAUCCACGUAAACUCAAUGGAUCACCUGAAAGGAGGUCACCAUCGCCAAAUUUUUCGGUUGCUGAGAAAGGCCAAGAAUCCCCCACUUCAGUAUUGUCUGUACCUUGUUCUGAUGUAAUUGGGUCUGCAGCUUUGGACCAGUAUAACAGAUCUCGACCUUCAACUUCAUGUACCACUGACAUGCGAUCAACCAACUUAUCCCAUGUUGAGAAAGAGAAUGACUAUGCAACCUCCAACUCAUCCCCUGAAGAAGCAAAAGAAUCUAUGCCACCCGCCGACUCAACCUUGGACGAACCUCUCUCCAUGAAAGAUGAAUCGGCUUCCAAGUACACUUCAACUACUGAAGGAGAUGCAGCCACAGUGGGAGGUUCCACUAGCAUUAAGCUUUUUGGAAGGACAGUUUUGGUGUCAGACCUGCAUAAACAAUCUCCUCCUGAUACCAAGGAUUGUACUUUGUCGAUAUCCAUGGCCAAACAAGAGAAUUAUGAGAUUGAGUGUGGUAAGUUUGGUCAACCAUUACAAUGGGAUCAAUCGGACACACGCUUGUCACUUGGUGGAGUAGUUAGUAAUUGGAAUUCUUUGGCAUGUGGUUCCACAAUUAACAGGGCGGAACACCAAAAUGAGAGCCCCAAGUCUGUGCAAGCCAACCCUGAUGCUCCUCAUCCCUUGCCAUGGUGGGUUAAUCUACCAUUUUGUCAGGUCAUACGUGUCGAUUCUCGUGUUGAUGAACAAUUGAAAGAGAAGGAAAGAUCUUGCGCUGGUUCAAACGAUGGGUCAGUUAGUUCAAUUGAUUCUUUAUGUGAAGAAGCUCGUAGUGUUGUGCCCUGCAAUUCAAGGAAGGGGUUUGUACCAUACAAAAGAUGUUUAGCAGAUACAAACAGGAACUCAUCGGUGAUAGUAUCUGAAGAGAUGAGGGACAGACAAAGGGCUCGUGUUUGCUCAUAAUUUAUUUCUCACAACGAAUGUUCUGUUUUUUUCCCACUAGAAAGGCAUAUAUUGAUUGAUAAUUGAUUAAUAA